AUGAUGCACCACCAGCAGCAUGAUGUCCGCAAGAGUUGCAACGAGGGGGGUGGGGGGAACAAGAAGAUGACAAGUUUUUAUUCUAUUGGGCGUUCACAUUACAAGGCUGCAAUUUUUAUAUGCCCAUCAACUGGGUUUUUGGUGGAAAUGAUGCACCACCAGCAGCAUGAUGUCCGCAAGAGUGGCAACGAGGGGAGGGGGGGCGGGAACAAGAAGAUGACAAGUUGUUAUUCUAUUGGGCAUUCACAUUACAAGGCUGCAAUUUUUAUAUGCCCAUCAACUGGGCUUUUGGUGGAAAUGAUGCACCACCAGCAGCAUGAUGUCCGCAAGAGCGGCAACGAGGGCGGGGGGGGCGGGAACAAGAAGUUAACAAGUUGUUAUUCUAUUGGGCGUUCAGAUUACAAGGCUGCAAGUUUUAUAUGCCCAUCAACUGGGCUUUUGGUGGAAAUGAUGCACCACCAGCAGCAUGAUGUCCGCAAGAGUGGCAACGAGGGCGGGGGGGCGGGAACAAGAAGAUGA